UUCAUAUUGGAAGGUUCAUGGAUUAAGGUUUCAAACCGUAAAAGGGAAAAGGAAAUGCUACUAAGACGUCUCAGUUUCUUGCUCUCUAGCUCAUUUGCCUCAGCUUGCACUCAUCCCACACCUGCUAUUGUAACAAAGCAAGCAUUAUCAUAUCCAUUCCUAGAGUUCCAGAGGAUCUCUAGUCUUGAUCGGACUGUAGGUUUCCCUCUAUCUGGAAAUGUCUUGGGUUUUCGAGCUUACAGCCUUUUGAGUUUAAAUGAUUUGAGAGACAAAGUUCCGAGGAAACAAAAGACGAGAAAGGGGCGUGGGAUUGGUUCUGGGAAGGGGAAGACUGCAGGUAGAGGUCACAAGGGCCAGAAAGCAAGAGGUUCUGGGAAGCUGGGGUUUGAAGGCGGUCAAACCCCGCUUCGUCGUAGGCUUCCCAAAAGAGGCUUUAAAAAUCCUUUCAGCCUCACAUUUCAGCCAGUUUGUCUGGGAAAGAUUGCCAAACUUAUAAAUGCUGGAAAAAUAGAUUCCUCUGAAUUGAUCACCAUGAAAACACUCAAGGAUACAGGUGCAAUAGGAAAGCAAAUACAGGAUGGGGUAAGGUUGAUGGGACGUGGAGCCGAACAUAUUAAGUGGCCAAUUCACCUAGAGGUGUUGAGGGUGACCGUUAGGGCAAAGGAAGCCGUUGAAGCUGCGGGUGGGACUGUUAGAAAAGUGUACUACAACAAAUUAGGGUUUCGGGCGCUGCUCAAGCCCGAGUGGUUUGAAAAGAAGGGCAGGCUUCUGCCACGAGCAGCGAGGCCGCCCCCUAAGCAGCGAGACAAAGUCGACAGCAUUGGCCGUUUGCCUGCUCCAACUAAACCCAUUCUGUUUUCAGUUGAAGUUGAAGAUGGAGGAGGGGCAGCUUCCAGUUUGUCUACCUAAUUUAAUCAUUCAAAUAAAGGACUCUAACCAAGCUAGUUUUGUCCCGGGUAGGCACAUCCAAGAUAAUAUUAUUGUAGCCCAAGAGUUGAUUCAUACAAUGGACAAAUUAAAAAGAACUAAGAAGUUUAUGUUAGUUAAGGUGGACUUAGAAAAGGCGUAUGAUAGAAUUUCUUGGAGCUUUCUGAACGAAA